CCCUGUAUAUGUAAAUCGAUAGUCAUCGUCCACAAGCGCCAUUAGUACUAUACUGUAAUUUCCUUUAUAAUUAUAAUAAUCUGAUCCACUGCUGAUGGGCAAAAUUAUAUUUACAUGUUUUCCAUCUAAAGCGCCAAUUACGUUUGGAAAAUUCCAAUGAUGUUCGAAUCCGCGUUGAAUACGCUCCCAUUUCUCAAACGUAGAGGGUACCUGUAAUAAAGUAACAUAUUAAACAUGAUAAGAAUAUAUAUUUUUCAUUUUUAGAUUGUUGAUCACACAAAUGUUACUGAAGACGACGAACGAAACCAAAUAAAAAACGUUUCAAAUCAUAGUACAAUUGUUGAUCUAACAGCAUCAAAUGAAAUAGAUGUUAAUGUUUUGGAGGAACCAGUAAUCCAAACUGGGACUAUGUUUCAGCAACAACCAACGAGCCAUGAAUCAACUAUUUACUCAUAACCAACAUUUUCUGGACACUUCAAGAAACAAAAAAAGAAAAAGAGAUAGUGACGAAGCUGAUGAAAAAUUUCUAUCAGCCCUACAUGGAUUAGAAGCUAUUUCAGUCAAUGCAAUCGUGACGUCGAAAAAAACCGAAUUUGAUAUAUUCAGACAAAGCAUUUCUGCGCAAUUAAAUAAUAUAUCGUUGGAAGAUGCGCUUCAAUUGCAGUUGGAAAUCCAACAGUUAAUUACUAGAAAGCGUAUAAAUUAUCGUAUGCAGCUAUUAAGCAGACAAUUACAGCGAAAUAGUAAUAAUAGCCCUUCUCAAAACAGUCAUUCUCCCGUUCCUAAUUAUGUAAUGAGCAAUACACCAGGAACUACCAGCACUACUUCCGAUUUUUCUCAAGAUUCUAUCGAUGAUUCUAUAUCCUAUUUUUAA